GUGAACCGAUUACACGGCGCGGCGCACUCUCUUCAUAUUUUUCCUACAAUUUAUAUCUAAAAACUAAAGGUUCAGUAAAACAACUGAUCCGCUCGGCGCCGUCUCUUUCCUCCUACUCUUUUUCUUUCCACAACGUCUGCAAUGCUCCGCAACGCUCUAUCGGCAGUGACCCGCCCUGCUAUUCAGCAGUCGCGAAAUGUAACCACUCUUUCGGCUGGUUUUCCAAGGGUGACACAAAGACCACCGACCAAGUAUGGCGGCGUAUAUACGGUUACCCUCAUACCCGGUGACGGUAUUGGUGGUGAGAUCACAGACUCUGUCAAAGAGAUCUUCGAGCAUGUAAACGCGCCCAUUGAGUGGGAGCAGUAUGAUGUUUCCGGCGUAUCUUCCUCAGGAGAAGAUCUCUUCAAGCAGGCAAUGGAGAGUCUCAAGCGCAACAGAGUUGGCCUCAAGGGUAUUCUCUUCACCCCAAUCUCUCAAAGCGGCCAUAUAUCAUGGAACGUGGCCAUGCGUCAACAGCUCGACAUAUACGCAUCUGUUGUCAUGUGCAAGUCUCUCCCUGGAUUCCCCACACGCCACUCCAAUGUCGACUUUGCUAUCAUUCGUGAAAACACUGAGGGUGAAUACUCUGGCUUGGAGCACCAGAGUUAUCCCGGCGUGGUGGAGAGUUUGAAGGUUUCCACACGGGCCAAGGCUGAGCGUAUCGCACGCUUUGCUUUCGACUUUGCCCUCAAGAACAACCGCAAGAAAGUGACUUGUGUACACAAGGCUAACAUCAUGAAGCUCGGUGAUGGUCUCUUCUUGAACACCUUCCGUCGAAUUGCAGAAGAGUACAAAUCUCUAGGCAUUGAGUCCAAUGAUAUGAUUGUCGACAACGCAUCCAUGCAACUGGUGUCCAAACCUGGUCAGUUCGAUGUCAUGGUCAUGCCUAACUUGUACGGUGCCAUCAUUUCCAACAUUGGCGCCGCACUUGUUGGUGGUCCUGGUAUUGUUCCAGGAUGCAACAUCGGUCGUGACUAUGCUCUCUUUGAGCCCGGAUGUAGACACGUUGCUUCAGACAUUAUGGGCACCAACCGUGCUAACCCAACCGCUAUGGUUUUGAGUGCCACCAUGAUGCUCAGACAUCUUGGGUAUGUUUUCCAACACAGCCUUACUCUCCUAAUUUUUACGCUCUCCUCCCAUAGUCUCGAUUCCAUUGCCAACAGUAUUGCAAGCGCAACCUUCGACGUCAUCAACGCUGGAGAGGUCAGGACUGCAGACAUGGGCGGUGCCGCAACGACAUCGGAAUUCACUAAUGCUAUCAUCAAAAAACUUUAAGCCGUCUUUGGAUUCUUUGUGCCACACAGCAGGUGCGGACGCGGGGUCUACUGACGACACGCUAUAU